AUGACUGACGUCCCACCAACCGAGUCCAUUCCCAAACCAGAGGAACCUAAAGAACCACAACAGUCUCCUCAGCAACCUCAGUUCCAGCAAGUACCUCCGAAUUUCUACCAAUUUCCACUUCAAGGUUACUACCCACCACAAGGCUUCCCGAACUACCCUCCUCUGCCUAUGCCUUACUGCCCCAACCCUUGGAUGUUCCAGCAAGCUCCACCCCAGCAAUUCCAAUCUCAGUCCAAAUCGAAGAGAGACCAAGAGUUCGAAGAAG